GAGAGCUAACUAAAACUGUUCAUGCUUUGGAAACAAAAUGGCCAAAUGAUGUCCUUGGAACCAAUGAAGAUUUUGAAGCCGAAAUUAAAAUGUGGCAAAGGCAUUUUGUCAAUGUACCUACGGAGCACAGACCAACAACAUUCAUAGACGCUCUUAAUGUUUGCAAUCAAUCACUAUACCCAAAGGUAUACCGAUUCUUGCAGAUAGGCGCAACACUUCCUGUUACAGUUGCUUCCAGCGAACGCUCCUUCUCAACACUCAGGAGAAUUAAAACAUAUUUACGUAAUAAAACUGGGGAACAAAGAUUAAAUGGUUUAGCUUUACUUAACAUCCACAGAGAUAUAGAAGUUACGAACGAAGAAAUAUUGAAUAUAAUGGCAAAACAACCAAGGAGAUUAGAUAUAAAUUUGUAA